GAGCUCGCAUAGGCACGCCUUCGCCCGCAGUACAGCGACACUUUAGAGCUGUUUGUCAAACUUUGAUGUUGGGAUUUGAUCAUGGGAAAACUGGGAUUCAUCUCGCUUUUGGUCGCCGUGUUGGCGGUGCUGUUUGGAGAGAGAGUUUACAACUUGAGGAAAAGAUUACUGGCUACAAGAGAGCUGGUGAAGAAUCACCUCCCUAACUGUGUGCUCCUCAAAGAUCUGGAACAUGGCACUGAAGAUAUCACGAUCCUUGGAGACGGGCUCGCCUUUAUCAGUGCUGGUCUGAGGUUUCCUGGAUACCCAUCCUCAGAUGAACCUGGAAAGAUCUUUGUCCUUGAUCUAAAAGAUUCCCGGAUGGAACCAAAGGAGCUGCGUAUGCCGAGAAACUUCGACCUAGAAACAUUCAGCCCUCUUGGUAUCAGCCUCUACACCGAUCCAAAUGAUGAUGCCGUCUACCUCUUUGUUGUCAACCGUCCUCACCCAAAAUGCCAAAUUGAGGUGUUCAGAUUUGUUGAGGAAGAACUUUCCCUUGUGCAUCUGAAAACCAUAAAACACGAGCUUCUCUACAGUAUAAACAAUAUUAUCGCAGUGGGAGUUGACAGCUUCUACGCCACCAAUGAUCACUACUUUGAAAACUAUUUCCUUAAAACUUAUGUUGAGAUGUUAUUGUGUCAGCCGUGGGGUAAUGUUGUGUACUACAGUCCCACGGAAGUCAAAGAGGUCUCUCAGGGUUACUACAUGGCAAAUGGAAUCAACAUCUCACCGGACAAACGGCACAUAUAUCUGUCAGAUGUGUUUGACCACAAUGUUCACGUGUUGGAGCGAAAAGAAGACAAUGCACUGACUCGUGUGAAGACUGUGGCUGUGGGUUCACUCACUGACAACAUUGAAGUUGAUCCUGAAACCGGUGACCUUUGGGUGGGCUGCCACCCGAACGGAUUUAAGCUCUUCUUUUUCGACCCCAAUGACCCCGCUGGAUCAGAGGUCGUCCGCAUCCAGAACAUCCAUUCCGAUAAGCCGCAGGUGACUCGGGUUUAUGAAGACGAUGGCCACGUGCUCAUUGGUUCCUCUGUAGCAGCCACCUAUGGUGGAAAGUUGCUCAUUGGCACUGUGUUCCAUAAAGCCUUGGUCUGUGAUCUGAAGUAGGUGAUGACUCUUUAAGUGAUGUGAGCAGUAAGCAGAGGGAAAGAAAACACUCAAAUUCAAUGAAGUUCAUUGAAAAAACAAAGAAAUCCAGCUUUAACUUUUUGCUCUAUAAGAUUAAACACUGAUAAUUUGAAUCAUAUACAGCGACUGUCUGUGAAAAAUGCAGUUCACCCUGAUGUGCUAGACUGGAUCUGAUAACAGAAACUAAAUAAAUCUGUCAUACCUAAAGAGACGCUGAAGGUAAAGAAAACAUCUGUUGGAGCUUUAGACACUAAAGCGUAUUUGAAAUUGAGAUGAUUUCACACACUGAAAUGAUUGAACUGUCCAGAUUUUUGAACCACUGUGAAAUACUUUAAUUCAGACAAGGAGAAAAAAAAAUCAUAGAGUUGCUUUGCUGUGUAUCACAAAAGGAUAUUUUUCACUUGUGAGCUGAAAAUGUGAGCUAUUCACAUAGGCAGUGUCUGUAACUGGGUAUUUUGAUAUGCUUUUAAGCUAAAAUGGUGAAUAAUUUGACUAAAUAAAGCAAAAAAAAAAAGAUUGAUGUUGCCAGUGUAGUUUAUCUUGUGGGUCUCCUUAAAAGUGGUUGAUGCACAUAUAAUAUGAUGCUUAAAUUAAAGUACACUGCCUGUCCAAAAACAAAGUCGCACACUCUAAUAAUUUGUUGAACUGCCCUUUGCUUUGAGUAUGACACACAUUCACUGUGGCAUCGUUUCGAUAAGCUUCUGCAAUGUCAGCAUUUAUUUCUGUCCAGAGUUGGAUUGAUUGUCUGCCAAGAUCUUGCACUGAUGAUGGGAGAGUCAAACCGCGCCGCAAAGUCGUCUCCAGCACGUCCCAGAUAUUCUCAAUGGGGCUGAGAAUUUGGGGCAGAGGACAUCACCAUACUUAAAGAUGGACUGGCUUACCUCAGCAUGUUUCCUGAAAUGCCUUCAUUCUCUGAUGAACCGGGGAAAAUGUACGUUUUGGAUCUGCUGCAUCCGAGGCCGACCCCCGUGGAGCUGCAGAUCAAAGGAGAGCUGGACCUCAGUUCAUUCAGUCCUCAUGGGAUUAGUGUUUACACCGAUGAAACAGUGUUUGAGCAGAGGAGCAAGUGAGCUGCUGUGCUUGAACUGCAACACAUGGGGAGGUCUGGGUGGACAGAGAGGCUGUACAGUUACAUCUAAAUCUUUUAUAAAGCAGGUAUGGAUUAUUUUGGUGCAAAAAAUCUUCUAGGUAUAGAAUCUAAUUUUGACACACAUGCACGAGUUGUUAAGGGUUUCAUCAACAACCAGAGAGUUAAUUUAGGCGCUUAUUCACAAAAACAGGAUGGUAAAAACUACAGUAUCCCACAUGGACUAAACAUACAGUCAGUCCCAAAAUUAUUCAUCCAUCCAUCCAUUGUUUAUACACCGCUUGAUCCUCAUUAGUGUUUUGGGGGGGGAUGGAGUCUAUCCCAGCUGAUUUAAGGCGAGGGCAGGGGGCACUCUGGACAAGUCGCCAGUCUAUUACAGGGCUGCAUAUAGAGAAAAACUAUCACACUUGCAAUCACACCUACGGACAAUUUAAAGUUGCCAGUUAACCUCAGUAUGUUUAAGGACUGUGGGAGGAAGCCAGAGUACCUGGAGAGAACCCACGCAUG